GCGUGUGUAGGUUGGGCGGUUCGAAGAAGCCCUGUGGGCACAGCUGGUUUCGUUCCGCUGAGCAAACCGUUGUCUUCAGUCUUCCAGGUUUCCAUGGGCAACUCAAAUCGCCAGCAGAGACCGCACCACGGAUGAUCCUAGGCAGGCCUCGAGGGACGAGGCAGGUGUAGAGACACCCAGAUUCUGUCUGGUUGCAGGGAGUCGAUUCCCCAGCUUCGUCUGAACAGGACUCAAGUCACGCGAUGCAGACAACGGCGGAGUAAAAGAACAGAGGGGACCGAGACAACUCGGCGCGCCAGCUGCGUCCCAAGAAACUGAGGAGAGGGGAAUGGAGAAGAAAAGGAUUUUUGGGUGCACGAGGUUGCUCGAAGCUGGCUAGGUGGGCUGCGGCAGCCGCCCUUUGCGGCGCACCUGUCGCGAGCGGAGACCAAGACAGUCGUAGAAACAGACUGGAGCGGUCUCGUCUGGUGAACAGGUUCGGAGAGUGGAACCGAAGUCGAGGAAGUUGGAGAGAAGCUUGGAGAGGAGUGAGACACGAGCGACGUAGUACGAAAGACGAGACCGAAGAGGAACGGAGAGCUCGCCGGUUUUCGGAGGAGCGGCGCCGUCUCGUUACCCGUGAGGAAGACAACGGAACAAAUACUUCAAAAAUGCUCGACAGCGAAGCCGAGAGUGUAGGUGGAAGUCGAAGGCACUGGGGGGGGGGGACGACACAAAGGGACUUGUGCAAGUGGAGGCCAAGAGGCUGUAUACACAUAACAGUGGAGAAACGCCGCGAUGCUCGCGCGCUGCGGAGAGCGAAUGCAGCCGAGAGGCGAGCCACGAGAAAAAGCAACCUUCGCUGUUUUAAAAACUCGAUUUCGCCCAAAUACCUCCAACGCCGCUGGCAUUCGGCGUACGUACAACUGAGAAGCCGCACAAGCGGAGCUCACUUCUCCAGUUCCUCCUCUGUGCAAGAGUCGCGCGCCCCUCGCCCGCCUCCCGCUUGUUUUGUGUCCUGGCUCGCCGUCACUGUUACCGCGUCUGCGCCUUUUCCCGCAAACGAGAAAGCCUUCGAUCUGUUUCUUCUUUUCCAUCGACCUUCUUCCUCGAUGCUCUGGCGUACACUGAAGAACAGGGACUGUCCACGUCGCGUCUUCUGCCUCAAAGCUCGCUUCGCUCUUCGCGGAUCGACGGACCUGCGUCCCAACUCGCUGGGGGCACUCAGUGUGCAUGUGCAAAAGCGCGCCUUUCUCCUGAGUUUCCUUCUCUACCUGUUCCACCUCAGACGCCUGAAUUUUUUCUGCCGUUCGAUGCUCCAUCGCGCGCCCGGUUUCUUCCAGCCUCUCCGUGUCGUUCGUCGGCGAGAGGGAACCUGUCUUCUCCAGAGACCUAUGUCGAGCGGUUCCUCGCUACACACAAGGUUCUUUCUGCUUCUGCCUUUCUGGGUGGCUUUCGAGAGGGAGGUCUUUACUGUUCAGGACCAGCCUCCGAACGCUUCCAAACGAAGCAGAAUCGCUCCCAUUCCAGCUCUAAGCUCCCGCGACGCCUGAGGGCUUGUCUGGGGAGCUUUUUCUUCGAGUCACUCGCGCCUGUUUCGCCCUCGUCUCGGGGACCUAGUUCCACAUUCACCCCCGCCGUCUUUCCCCGAGAGAAACCACUCCUUUUUUCUCCUGUCGAAACUGGAGGCUUGUCUCUCGAGGCCGUCAAGACCUGGCGCGGCGUCGCCUGGGCACCCUGGCCUUCUUGGUGAGGUCGCACGACACCGCCGAGACGCGACCGGAGUCUGGAACCUGGCGCAGCCUUUCUGUCUCAAACUGCGCGGCCGCUGUCCUGAGAGGAGUUUUCUCUGGCAGAACUGCGUUUGCGUCUUUCCGGCUGAGCACUUCGGCAGAGGCGUUUUCCUUCGUCCGUUUUCCACGUUGCCUUCUCGCCCGGUUCUUCUCUGCAACCUUCUCUUCAGUCUGCGACGAUGGAUGCGUCGGCGGUUCUGGCCGCGCCGUUCGUGUGUGAGGUCCACCAUGACCGACUGGUGCUUCGGUCUCGCUCGUCUCGCAACGAGAAGCUGACGUUCACCUGUUCGUCCUCCGAGACGCGCUGCUUCUCUGUCGCAACUGAAGAAGCAUGUCCGUCUCUCUCUUCUCCGCAACUUGCUGUACCUUGCUACGGUCUCUUUGGAGUGACGCAAAUCUUUGGCAGCGCCUACCUGAUCUGCAUCUCUUCUUGUCGUCUUCUGGGGUUCCUCGCGCAAGCUCCGCUUCUCCAAAUCACCUCCUUUCACCUCGUGCAAGUCCCCCCGCUCUCUCCGCAGUCUUCUCAUUCUGCCCAGUCUUCCUCGGACUCCCGCGCGUUCUCUCUGACGACGCGAACCGUUCGUCGCCGACGUUUCCUGCAGUCCAGCAGCCAAUUCUUGGUGGGGGCGACGGUGACCAUCACCUCUCGAGCGAGCGCCGCUGCGGCGAGGCCGACGGAGGAGACAGCGGCGUGUGGGGAGGGCGUCUCUCCGGAGACACUUGCGAGCGGGGCACAAGCUGGAGAGACAGUCUGUGGAGAGAAAGAGAAGACCGGAAGAAGCGAAGCUGUCGAGAAACGCCGUCGAAGGACAGGCGAGGAGAGCACACCGACUGCUUCGAGUGUCAACGGCCCCGCGGUCGCGAGUCGGCAUCCAGCGCCCCCGCCACCGGGUGUACGUACACCCCACGAUGGCGUCGCGGAGCAGUGGCUGACUCUGCUGUGUGACGCGCUUUGCGAGGGUGGGUUUUACUUUUCGCCUUCUCUGGAUUUGACGAAGAACUUGCAGACGCAGUUGGGCGGCGUCUUUAACUCGGAGGCGCUACCGAUACAGGCGGACGGAGACGAGAGAAAAUUCGGGAAGAACUCUUCGCUGGCGACGCAGACAGAGAAGAAGAGAAGCGACGCGUGGACAGACCGCUUCAGCUGCAACCGACAUUUCCGCGAACCGAUCACCAAGCAGACUCCAGAGGCGCUUCGGUUUUGCGCGCAAGUCAUUCAGGGAUACGUCGGCAUAGGCUUGGUCGACUACUCUCUCGAGUCCUGCACGCAGCUGUGCCUCAUUUCGAGGAGAGACAGCAGCCGCACAGGCGCCCGCUUCCACAGUCGAGGCAUCAACCUCGCAGGCGAUGCGUCCAACAUGGUUGAGACAGAACAACUUCUCCUCGUUUACACCUUCCGCGGUGCUUCGCCGCUCUCUUCUUCUCUCCCUUCUGCGUCUUCUUCCUCUUCUGCGUCUUCUUCCUCUUCUGCGUCUUCUUUCUCGUCUGUGUCGGAGGCACUUGCUUCGCAGCAGCACCAGCAGAAGGGCGCCUCGGUCCUGCGGCUGCGGGGAACUGGGAGAGUGGACCUGUUCUCUUUUGUGCAGAUUCGGGGGUCCCUCCCCCUGGUGUGGAAGCAGACGCCGACACUGAAGUGGGCACCUCCAGCGCAAGUCGUCGGAGCUGCGGAGGAAAACGCGGCGGCUGCGGCGCUGCAUUUCGAUGGUCUUCUCAAGCACUACGGACCUACUUGUGUGGUAAAUCUUAUCAACAAGAAAGGGUGGGAGAAGAGUCUGGGUGACCUCUUCGAGCAGCUUGUUGCAGAGCAGAAAUCCAAGGAUCUCUCCUUUAUUUGGUUCGACUUUCACCACGAGUGCUCAAAGAUGCGCUGGAACAACCUGUCGCGUCUCCUGGAGCAGGCGCAUGCACAGUUGAAGCAGCAGCAAUACUUCCACGCCAUAUGUACCUCGCCCGCAGAGAACGACGCUGCGACAGGCGCGGCGGGGAAGGCCUUCUUUUCCUGGAGUGAGCCUCUCCGCGCUCUCCCCGGAUGGAAAAAAUCCGAGGUCUGCAGGGUGCAGCGAGGCGUCUGUCGGAUAAACUGCAUAGACUGUCUCGACAGAACAAACGUCGUGGAAAGCGUUUUCGGGAAGCGCGUCCUGGCGGAGCUCCUCGUGGCGACGCGCGUGCAGUCGGCGCCUCUCGCGCAAACCUCGAGCCCUCAGCUCUCCCGCACCCCUUCUUCGCUCGCCAGCAGUCGACAUUCGAAGACAGGCGGGAGAAACGGCGAGGCGGCCAGCAGCCUCUCGCGCUCCUCCAGUUCUCUCCCCCAGCACUGUCCUUCGUCGAGUUCGCUCUCACCAACUUCUUCUGCGAGGGAUCCCCUCCCUGUCGAUUUCUCUGCAGAGGCGACCGAGUUGAGAAGGCGUUUAAGAGCUGAGGAAGGCGAAAGGGCCGUGACCGACGAAUGCGCGCAGCCUCUCACUCCGCUGCCGUUUACGCCCCCAGAGGGAGACCAGCUUUUCAGGGAUCUGUGGACCGACAAUGCAGACGCGCUUUCUCUUCUCUACUCCGGCACACCUGCGCUUAAGACAGACUUCACGAGGAUGGGAGUGCGGAGUCGGUGGGGGGCUCUGAGCGACGCUCGAAAUUCUUUCAUCAGGUAUUUCUUAAACAACUUUUUCGACGGGUACAAGCACGACUGUAUCACGUUCUUCUAUCAGGCAGCGAGUUUUUCCGCCUCUUCUUCUCUUUUCUCGAACCUACGAGACGCCUCUCCGCCGCGGCCUCUGGGAGCGGGGCUGCGACGCGCGGCGAAGGAACUUCUUCUGCUGAGCUUUUCGCUUUUUUGCCUCGCGCCGGGACCCUCUCUCGCCCUCCUAUCGGGUGUACAUGCAGCCGGCUACGCCGUCACGGGAGCGCUGCUGGCGCUGGCGGCGCUGCCUUUCCGCGCCUUUCCCUUUUCUCUGAUGUGUUUCUUCGACUUUUUCGCGCUCUUCUUGCCGAGCAGCUUGCGGCCCUUCUCUCCCCCGACAGAGUUGUUUCCCCUCGCCGGUUUCGGUGCGACGGAAGGCUGGGGGGAUGGAGUUUCAGAGCUUCUCCGAGACGUCGGAGGAUGCCUCUGGCUGUUCACCUUCGCGUUUCUCUCCUUCUUCGCCUAUCUCUUCUUCAGAGCUGCCGCCGUCGUCUCCCUGCCGCAACUGCUUCCGGACGUCUCCUGAAGGAAUCCCCGGUUCUCUGGAGAAAAGGACUGCUUUCAACAGGGUCUCCUAUGAGGAACUGCGUUCGAAAGAGUGGAUCUGCAGUGGUGGCUUCUCUGGGAGUUUCUGGUUUGAGAGAAACUUCUUGUCGAGGUCGUUGGGGGAACGGAGAGACGGGGACCCGUGGCUGUCUGUGUUUGAUGUCUGGGCUCUCUCUGCUCAAACGCACGGCCGUUGCGCGCGCGGAAAAGAAGAACGCGAACUUCCCAACUUUUGCAAAG